AAUUCUUAUUUUAAGGCUCCCUUCUGAUCUGAUAUCCCUUGUACUAAGUUUCCUUUCAGCUCCAUGGUUCCAAAACAAGGACUUCCCAUCACUUUACCCAGUACAGACCCUCUGCCAAAAGGAUUUCCAGCCUCCUAGUACACAUUCCUUCACCACCACCACCACCACCACCACCAUGGCAGGACUGCCCGGCAGGCGUGGGACUCCUCCGGACAUGGCCCACGGUGCCAUACUGGCCUGGGCCUGGGCCCUGGCUCUGGGAGCGGUCCAACGGGCCCAAACAGGCUGCGCCGAGCUCGGUCGCUGUUGUCCGGGUCGGGACCUGACGUGCGUCUCCCGGGGCUGGACAGCGGCAGGUUUCUCGCUCGGCCCCCAGCCCUGCUACUGUGACCAGGCGUGCAACGCAGCCGGGGACUGCUGCCAGGAUUAUGGGAGUGCCUGUCCAGCCGUGACCUGCGCAGUAUCAGAGUGGAGUGGUUGGAGCCGGUGUGUUGAACCCUGCACUGUCACUUUUCGAGUUCGGAGGAGACAAGUCCUAAGAGAGCCAAGAAAUGGGGGUGGCCCCUGCCCCCCACUGGAGGAGAGGGCCGGUUGUGUGGAAUACUGGAACCAUCAAGGGGUGGAGUGCAAACAGGCCCUGAUCCCAGCUCUCAUAACCACUGGGGCCUUCCGGAAUGGGAGGAAAAAGAGGGCCGUGGCCUAUGAGAGAAAGUCAGUUGGGUACUGUGUCAUGUUCCAGCUUGUGACCAUCACUGUGGGCUGCCUUCAGACAAGGGCCCCCUACACUCAGUGGAUGAGGUACCUCACCCAAGGGCAUGUGGUCUGUGUGUUGUGUGAGCCGCCUGCCUUGGAUAUGAGAAGCCUUCGGUGCUAUGGGGAUGGUAAAGGAUCCAGAGGGGACCAGCUGUUUCAGUGGCAGGCCCUUGGCAAUCCCAGCUGUAGAGGGACCUGGAAGAGAUUUCAGCAGCUGGAAGCCUGUUCCUGCCCUGCCGUCCACAGUUUCCUGUUUGUCUAGGGGGCAUGAACUUGUGCUAUCUACACACAAAGGGCCUCUAAGCUUUGGGAUACUGGUGGAUGGUACCCUCUCCUAACCUCCCCUUCCCCAAGACUGAAAGCAUCCCUUGUCUUACAUUCUUCUGGUCAUGUGAAGGUCCUCCUCCCUGCUCCCCCUACGAGUCUUAAAAACACUGGAAAUCUCCACCCCCACCCCUUUCU